AUGGGCCGCCAUUCUACAGCAAUUGACACCACAACUCUCACACCACCACUGUCUCCGUCCAGCAAGCGAAAGCGAGAAGAAAUUACCGCCGAAGAAAUUGAAGUUGACGUGACCGCCCCAGAACCACCCUCCAAGAAGGCUCUUCGCAAGGCCAAGAAAGGCAAGGCGACCCCCGAUGCCUCAAAGGCAGAGAGCAAAAGUAUUGGCGUGCAAGCAGGCUCUGUACUAGACGAAGAUGCUUCAGCAGAUAUUUCGGCAACAUCAAAGCGCUCGGAGUAUGGCAUUUGGAUUGGCAAUCUACCCUGGACCGCAACUAAAGCAGAUCUACGCAAUUUCCUUACCAAAGACACAGGAAUAUCAGAAAACAUGAUUACAAGGCUACAUCUCCCCGCGCCUAGGCAGGGUAUAGUUACAAACUCAAAGCAGAGAAUCAAGCCCCAGAAUAAGGGAUUCGCCUACAUCGAUUUCUCUACCGAAGAAGCGUUGACAGAGGCGCUGGCACUUAGUGAAAGGCUACUUACGGGGAGGAGGGUGCUGAUCAAGGACUCGAAGAGCUUUGAGGGGAGGCCAGAUAGGACGAAAGAGCAGGAAACCGCGAUUGUGAACAGCGGGAAACCACCCAGCAAGCGUAUCUUCGUGGGAAAUCUGGCAUUUGAGACUACAAAACAGGAUCUCGAAAACCAAUUUACAAGAUGUGGAGAGAUGCUAGAUGUGCAUAUCGCAACUUUCGAGGAUACAGGGAAAUGUAAGGGGUACGCGUGGGUCGAAUUUGCAGAAUUGGAAGCCGGAGAGGCUGCAAUGAGAGGGUGGGUAAACUUCGAGCAGAAAGCCGAUAGUGGAGACGAAGACGAAGAGAUUGCAGAGGCGUUGGCUGGGGAGGCUGAUGUAAAGCCGAAGAAGAAGCCCAAGUUGAGGAAGUGGUGGGUCAAUAAGCUACAUGGACGGCCAUUGAAAUUGGAGUUUGCCGAAGGGAAAGAUGUGAGAUAUAAAAAACGAUAUGGCAAGGAUGGUAGUGCCAGCAAAGAUGGAGUGAAGGUGGUGGAUCCGGAGCCAGAGUCGAUGGCACAGCCUGCCUUUAAAGACCCAACAUCUUCGGCCAAGAGACCCCCAAGAAGGUUGGAUGCGAGAACGGUCAAGCCUGGUGCAGCUCUUGCAGCGGCUCCGCGGUUGACUGGAGGGAUUGUUGAGAGUCAGGGGAAGAAGACCACGUUCACGUAA